AAAGCCGAUUAACGGUCCUUUUGUGUGACCUUAAGGCACCUUUAAACACACAGGAUUUAUUCAUUUGUUUUCCUGCACAUAACAAAAGAAUAAUACUGCAAUAAUUAUGAUUGUGCGUUGAUAUUGUAAUUCCCUGUGUUGUUAAAAGAGGUGUUGCUGUUCCACAUUCCGACGUAGUGGCGCCAAUGCAGUGAUCGAGUGGCUGCUUGUGUUUGAGUGCAAACUUACAUUUUGGAAUCAGGCUUCAAGUACAGCGCUGGCGAUGGGACGUUGUGGUGUCACUUCAUCCAAGACGGUGCUGGUCUUCCUCAACCUCAUAUUUUGGGCGGCCGCCGGCAUCCUCUGCUAUGUGGGCGCGUACGUGUUCAUUACGUUCGAUGACUACGAUCACUUCUUCGAGGACGUGUACACCCUCAUCCCGGCAGUCGUCAUCAUUGCGGCCGGAGCGCUCCUGUUCAUCAUCGGGCUUAUCGGCUGCUGUGCCACCGUGAGAGAGAGUCACUGUGGACUCACAGCGUUUGUCGUCAUUUUGCUGCUGGUUUUUCUGACGGAAGUAGCAGUUGUGGUUCUUGGAUAUGUUUACAGAGCAAAGGUUGAAGAUGAUGUGAAUGACACUAUUCAGGAAGUCUACAAUGAGUACAACGGCACGAACAGCAACGCACAAAGCCGCGCCAUUGAAUACCUUCAGAGGCAGCUUGAGUGCUGUGGCAUCCACAACUACUCCGACUGGCAGAACACACCCUGGUUUAAAGUGUCCAAAAACAACAGGGUGCCCGUCAGCUGUUGCAAAGCAAACAUUGGCGGAGUCUGCACAGGGUCCCUCGCUCAUCCUGAAGAUCUUUACCAAGAAGGCUGCGAGGUUCUGGUGGUGAAGAAGUUGAAGGAGAUCAUGAUGUAUGUCAUCUGCACCGCCUUCACCUUUUCCGCCAUACAGAUAUUGGGCAUGUUGUCGGCGUGCGUGGUGCUGUGUCGCAGCAGAACUGAUCCCGCCUACCAGCUCCUCAUCACGGGAGGUACCUAUGCUUAAGACCCCUUGGCAAUCGCCGGGACGUAAUCUAUUACCCGGCUAACUUUGAAGACACUACUCUGAAGCUGCAUUCAUAUUUUUUCCACAAAACUGUUACCCAAAUCCUUAAAUGGUGGCAAGGAAUGAUUUCAUGAAUGUUAUAAGCGAACCAAAAUGUACUGUACAGAAGACUGGUACAGUCGGGGUUCCUUUUGAUUGUGGCACUGUGUGCGCCAGACUGUAAGACUACUAACAUGAUUCUUGGUACUGUACCGUAUUGCUCCUUUUGGGCUGAAGGCUAUCACCAGCUCUUGUUUGUUUACUCCAAACAUUAACUCUAUCACCUGCUUAUUACUGUAUGCAAACCUCAAUAUUGUACAUAAGUUAGAUUUUUAAUUUGUAUAUCACACUAUUUAAGUUAGCAUUCUCCUUAGACUUUCCCUUGAUUGUAGUUUUAGUAGAUCCAUUGAAUGUAGUGUUUGAGACCUAUGAAUGUAAAUAAAAUAUCAGGGGAGAGUUUGAA